AUGACAUCGGACAGAGAUGAAAACGUCAGUAAAGCAACAAAGGAACAACAAGCUAGAGCAAAGCUCCGAGAAUCUUUCUUAAGAGCAAUAAAUGAAUUAAAUGGUAAUCCCUGCAAUAUCCUAACCUAUGAAAAAACAUCAUUAAAUGCUACUUUUGCUGGAUGGAAUCCUGACGGCUCGGAGGUCUUUGUGAGAAGCUUGACGACACCUUCCCAUGUUAUUAUGAGCUCUGCCCUGCUACGAACUCCAGAUAUUUUAGCCAUUCAAUUUGAUGGAUCUGUAUUGUAA